AUGCUUAAAAAGAAAAAGAUUAUCGAGAACGAUGAAUAUCACGAGAUGAUGGAGGUGACCAAGGAGAAGAAAAAGAAUCAGGUGUUGUUCCUUCUCAAGAAGAUAUCCAGUGCCGGGGAUAACGCCUUUUUAGCGUUAUUGGAGUGCCUCAAGGCGAAGUACAGAGACUUGGCAGAGGCAUUACUAGCCACUCUGGAGAGGGAAGAUGAGGUUUAUGCGAAAGAAGUCCGCAAAAAAGGUAUUGCAAGAACGAGCUUCAAGCGUGCUAUGCAUUCGAAUACUGAGAGGUUUAAAAAGGUCGUGGGCUUUGAUGUCGGAACGAAAAAUGAUGCGGGCACAUGGGACAAGAUCAAAACUAAGCUAUUGGAGCUACGGGAUAAAUAUACCGUGGAUACACUGGAGUUGCUUCGAACGUUGGAAGUGAAGAGCGUCCUCACCCACAUGGAGGAGAAGCAGAUUCGUGAAAUACGAGACCUGAAGCUGCAAUAUGAUGUGCUCUUCAUCAUCCUCUUUUCAAAAAAUCCGCAAAUAUACUUCCCCAUUUUCCUCCAGGCACUCGCUCACAUGGACAGAGAGGAUGCCAAUAAUUUCUUGGAAGAAAGGACUAACGCAACACGAUCAAAUUAUUCACCUUUGACUGAACUGAUGAUGCCUGAACUGCGGAUCGAUGACCUGAACCACUGUGGUUCAGGGCAUCAAUCCGCAAGUGUGAAUCGCGGUGGCGUCCACCUCAAAGGGGAUUACGUGGAGAAGAAGAAAAAGAUCAUCAAGAACGAUGAAUAUCACGAUAUGAUGGAGAAGACCAAGGAGAAGAAAAAGAAGCAGGUGUUGUUCCUUCUCAAGAAGAUAUCCAGUGCCGGGGAUAACGCCUUUUUAGCGUUAUUGGAGUGCCUCAAACCGAAGUACAGAGACUUGGCAGAGGCAUUACUAGCCACUCUGGAGAGGGAAGAUGAGGCUUAUGGGAAGGAAGUCCGCAUUCGUUUAAAAUGGCAGACGAGUGAAAACGUGACUGAAAGUCAUCAGAGGGGUUCAAAACGGAAGAACGCGCAGGUGGAUGGUGAAGAAGGAUCGAAGGAUGACACGAUUUCAGAUGGAAGUGCAAUCACUCAACCUUCGAAGAAAUUCAAGGCGGCUCAUGAGCCAUCCGACGUUUCAGAUUCCAAUGCAGCAAGUUCAUCCUCCUCAUCCCUCGCCAGCACGGAUUCCAGAGAGCCAGCAUCAAAAUCUGACGGCGCCCAUUCUUCAAAAGGGCCAUCCGAAAAGGGUGUAUGCAAGUGUGACUUUUUCAGAACACUCGAUCAAGUAACUACUCCAUCCGAAUGCAAACGUGACGACAGUUUCGACAUCCGGCACUCUCUUACUGUGUGCAUGGGAGAUGACACAAAAUUAUCUCUCAAGGACGCAUCUGAAGAAUAUAUUAAACGGUACUACCCAGAGGCAGGGAAAACUCAUUAUUCACUCCCAGCCCUGAUUCUUCUUGAAGAAGAGGUCUUCAAGGACCUGGUUGAUACAAACGCAGCGCACGAGCACAAUGAGGAAGAAGACGAACUAUCGAAACUUGUACCUUACCAUGCAGCCAAAGCCAAGGUUUUCAAGCGUCUUAAAGAUAUUUGUGGCAUUAAUCCGUCUCUAUUGGUUUCCGACUACAAGUUCCCUGAUACAUUCAACAAAUGCGAGGCAUAUAAUCGUGCCCUUGCCAAAAAUCCACAACUAAGAAGAGAGCGUCCAUUUCCUGAACUUGAUAGCGGUGCUCACGGAAGUUUUUUGUCUUACCCGGCUGGAAACAAGGUUUACAACAUUUUCUUCCACAUUAGAAAGACAUCCUUGUCAGAUAAUGAGCAAACAGUCAAAGACAAUGUUAAUGUAGCCAUCUGUGAAUGUGACAAAGACAGAAAAGUGUUUACGACGAUGUGUGGACCGUUCCUGGGUUCUCCAGCGAUAAUCGUCGCCUUUCCAUGCUUUCCUUUCAUGAGUAGAGAUGCUUUGAACAAUAUUCUAAGAUGUGCAUCAUGUCCGCAGAAGGUCUUGACGAUAGAUGAUCUCUGGACUCCAGAUGCUCUGCGGAGAUUUCUCCAAAGGAAUGGUGUAGCGGAACUACCCUCACUUACCGAAUGUUCUACAAUAGCAAAAAAUGUGUUCGUGGAAAUUAAUUCCCUCUAUAUAUGUGCUGCCUCUUCUAUACCUAUGCUACGGACUGAUCGAGAAGUUAUACAAGUCAGCGAUGGCCAAAUGGAGAAGACGAUGUUCAUCUUGACUCCGGAACAGAAGAGACUCAUUGAAGAGGAUGAAGAAUCGUCAUGGCUUCUUCUUAUUGCGGGAGGGUCGGGUACGGGAAAGACCCUAGUAUUGAAAGAGAGAGCAAAGCGGCUCGCGAAGAAGUACCCUGAUGAAGUUGUUACAGUGUUGAAUCUUCCCGGUGGAGACCUCACUGUCGACUUCAAAGAUUACUUUAAAGGACAGGGGAACAUAUCCGUACAAGAUGGGGUGAAGAUUAAAGUUAAAGAAGACUGCAAGGGAAUAUUUGGAUUCCUCGAAAGAUAUGGAAAGAGGAAUCACGUACUGCUGGAUGAAGUUCCUCUUACUCUGGAGAGUAAGAGGAGCUUAAGCCUUCAAACUAAGAUGUGGACGGAAAUCUCCAAGUACAAGGCCGAUAUCCUCGGAUAUUAUCCGGAUAACAUCGUCAUCUUAGAUGUUAACGAUUGCAAAUGGAAGAAUUACAUCCGCAUGAUAUCUUCCUGCCACAAACAUGUGAUAAUAGUUAUGGAGGAUGAAGCCUGGCAAACUGGAAAGUAUUCCCAAAUAAGCCAGAAGCAAUCGAUAGAGGAAAAGAGAGUGCCCGACUCGGCAAGGAAGAUGUUCGAAGAAGGCUUGCAGGACAAGUUGGAACGUGGGUGGAAAACCAAAGAACAAUUGGAUCUACUGAGCUUAUGCAAGAUGCCCACGAUUUAUCAACCUCUUAAAGUGAAUUACACCGGUCGUAUGAAUCAAGAGGUGCGUUCCGACCCUGGUGAUAAUAGCAGUCCAUCAAAUCUCACUGUCAUCAUUGGGUCUCCUUCUUCUGGAAAGAGCACGCUAUUGUUUGAAAAAAUCAAGAAUCUUGCUCAGCCACGCCGAGAUAAUAAUUUUAUUCUGUUGUUUCUUAUGGGGAGCGCGUUGAGUCAGCAAAUGAUGGAGGAGCUCAUUCAUGAACACGUGGAGGGACAUGUGGGUGUGUUAGAUAUUGUUCGAGUACAGGAAUUGUGUCCCCAUCUUAUCAUCGACAAUGAGCGGAUUGACGAGGCAAGGCGGAAGUAUUCAAACGAUUCAACUAUUCAUGUCCAUGUGGACGAUUAUCACAUCCGAGGCAAGAACACAGAAGAAGAGAUUAAUUGUUGGAGGUCCGUCCUACAAAAUUUGCAAAACGAUAACUCAAGGCUUACGCUAACGAUCACCUUCAAGUCCCAUGCCCGAGCCGGACGAUUUAUUUCAGUAAAGGAACUGGAAACUUUUUUCAAGGAAAAUAAUGUCGAAGUGCUCAUCCUUCCUGAAUCGAGGCCACUUCCCUGGUGCACAAGCAACUGGCUGCUCAGUCACAUCUUCGAGAAUGAAACCAACACCCCAUUGCGACAGAAUGCCAGAAACCUCCCCACAGCGUCGCGUGCUAGUGCCCUUGUUGAAGGCCCCAAACCCAAGUACAUCAGCCUGAAAUACAACUGCCCCGGAAAACAUAACAGUCUUUUGUGCAGGGGGUCGAAACAUUGUAUGCCGUAUAUAGGUGCAUAUAUCUGUUUCCAUUCCGAACUGACGUUGACACAGUUGAAAGAAAAAUCCGUGUUCGUUCUGAUGUCAAACGUAAAGUUGAAGGAUUAUCUCAAAUCAUCUCUAAUGGGAGACAGGCGAUCUGAAGUAGAAGGCAGAGCCGAAGACUUUCAGUUUUUUGAGCCUAGAAAAUUCAGAGGGUGUGAGUCCAGUGUCAUUCUCACAGUGAACGUAGAAGAUACCUGGCUUCUAGAGAGCAUUUCCAGAGCCCGAACGAUGCUUUUCAUCAUCGACUGCUUGCCAGAUCAUCUGCAAGUCUGGCGCACAAUGAAAGAAGUGGGACGUAUAGAUGAGGUGGAAAUCCCACAAACUGCCAUCGAGGAAAAAGUGCUCUCCAAGCUAGAUGAAAUUGGAUGCUUCUUGGAAACAGAACCAAACAAACGGGUGAAUUGCAGGCAAUGUGGACAUCAAUUUUCCAGGAAGGAUUUUUAUCAUCACCGUAAAGAAGCGCAUGACCGGAAGGCUUUGCCGCAUGAUAGAGGCAACAAGGAGGAUAGGCACAUUCCUCCUUCAUGUGAACAAUGUGCUGAAGUGCUGAAGUGCUGAAGUGAAAUGAAUAAAAAACAGCUGCG